UACCUUUUCUUGUUCUCACCUAGCCCAAAGCGGAGUAGAGACAAUUCUAUUAACAUUUAUUUUCAUUCAGUCUUUUGUUUUGAGAUAAUUUAUGGGGUUAAGAAAGAUGUUAACCCAAUUCGCAAUGAAGAUAGCUAUUGCCAUCAUCAUCAUAGCGUUUUGCAGCAAUAGCCAAACUCCUAGCAGCUGCCUUGACCGGUGUGGUGAUGUUGAAAUACCGUUCCCGUUCGGCAGUGGCGAAAAUUGUUACUUGGAACCCAAGUAUUUGAUCACAUGCAACGGUUCCACAGCACACCUCACUGGCUCCUCUAUCAUCGUCAAAAACAUAUCCCUUUGAGAUGGUGAGAUGGGUAUUAUGCAGUUCGUGGCCAGAGAUUGUUACAGUGAGAAAGGGGUGCCAGAGCUCAUCAACCCUUCUAACUCCCUCUGGUUGUCCGAUUUCACUAUCUCUGCCACCAAAAACAAGUUCAUCGCAUUAGGUUGCGACACUUACGCCACCAUCGUCGCCUACCGCGGCAACAGAAAGUACACAACUGGCUGCAUAUCGUCGUGUGACCAAAUCGACGAGAACCAGUUGCGCAAGUCUUGCACGGGCGUGGUCGGGUGUUGUGAAACCCCCAUAACAAGUGGACUAAAAAACUUCACUGUUUGGUUGUCUAGUUUCUACAAUCAUUCUUAUGUUUGGGAUUUCAAUCCAUGUAGCUACGCCUUUGUGGUGGAUGAAUCCAAGUUCAAUUUUUCAAGUUUCCAAGAAUUGAGGACUACUGAACGGCUUCCUUUGGUUCUUGAUUGGUCCAUUGGCGUUGCUCCUUGCCGUGAAGCUGAGAAGCUAGAGAAUUACACUUGCAAAGGGAAUAGCAAGUGUGUCAACUCAAAUAAUGGGAUUGGCUAUCUUUGCCAGUGCUUGGAAGGUUACCAUGGAAAUCCUUACCUCCCAGAUGGUUGCCAAGAUAUUGACGAAUGCAAGAGUAUGAUAAAUCCCUGUAACAAUGGAGAAUGUCGAAAUGUACGUGGAAGUUGGAUAUGCGAAUGUCCGAAAGGGUUUUUGCUUAAUGCUACUAGGACGGGUUGCGACGAAGACUUCGAACAAUCUCACAACAAGAGGACUCUAAUUCUAUAUGCUGCACUUGGUACAACAGUUGGGCUCUUAGUUUUGUUGACAGCAAUUUUCUUAGUAUGGUGGAAAGUGAAGAAAAGAGAAUUGACAAAUCUCAGAGAGAAGUUUUUUAGAAAAAAUGGUGGGUUGAUACUACAACAACAAUUAUCUGCUCAACUAAAUCAAGAAGAAUCUCAAUCAACAAAAGUCUUUUCUGAGGAAGAACUUCAAAGGGCCACAAAUAAUUUUCAUGAGGAUAGAAUUGUUGGAAAAGGAGGAUAUGGAAUAGUUUACAAAGGGAUAUUGCCAAAUAACAAAGUGGUUGCCAUAAAGAAGUCCAAGCUUGGUGUUCAAACUGAAACUGAGCAAUUUAUUAAUGAGGUGACAGUUCUUUUGCAAAUCAGCCAUAGAAAUGUGGUUCGGCUAUUAGGUUGUUGUUUGGAGACAGAAACACCUUUGCUUGUUUAUGAUUUUGUGGGUAAUGGGACUUUGUCCCAUCAUAUUCACGAGAAAUGUCAUGAGUCUCCACUUUCAUGGGACCUGCGAAUUAAGAUCGCUGAAGAAAUAGCCAGAGUACUUGCAUACUUGCACUCUGAAUGUUCUACACCAAUUAUACAUAGGGAUGUUAAGACAACAAAUAUACUAUUAGAUGAAAAUUACAUAGCAAAAGUAUCUGAUUUUGGAGCUUCUAGACUUAUUCCUUUAAACAAAAGUGAGCUUACAACCUUGGUGCAAGGUACACUGGGAUACUUGGAUCCAGAAUACUUUCAAACAGGCCAAUUGACUGAUAAAAGUGAUGUUUAUAGUUUUGGAGUUGUUUUAGCUGAGCUACUUACUGGCAAAAAAGCAGUAUCUUUUGCUAGAGUUGAGAAUGAAAGAAACCUAGCAAUGCUCUUUCUAAAUUCAAUGCAAGAGGAUUUUUUGCUUGAGAUUCUUGACAAAAAUAUUGUUAAGGAAGGGAGGAUUGAAAUAAUAAAGGAAGUUGCCAAACUUGCAUCAAUGUGUUUAAGAGUGAAAGGGCAAGAAAGACCUACCAUGAAAGAAGUGGCUUUGGAGCUAGAGGGAUUGAGAAUCAUGGAAAAGCACCCGUGGAGAGAAGCUCAUAAUUUGUGUCAAGAAGAGAGUGAGUACUUGCUUGGAGCCACAACGACAAUAAAUACUUUCGAAAUUUAAUUUGGUGGUCAAAUUGGUUCUAAUAGUACAACAAGUACUAGAUGUAACAACUCCACAAGUCAGAUUUUGAUUCCAUACAAUGAUGGACGUUAGUUGAUAAUAUCCUUUGUAUUGUCAGCUAGUUAGUUUUACGCCCUAAAUUUUUAUGCUUAGUUAAAAGGAAAAAUAUAUACAAAAUAAGAGCUUGUAGGAAUCCUGAAAAAGUUCUAAUCA